GAGUAUUUUUAUCAUAAUAUUUAUACAACAACACCUACCUCUAUAUCGAGGUGGAAAUACAUACAAAUCUUAGCCCAAAUGGCGAUGAUGGGGGUGUUUAUAUUUCUCUCGAGUAUUCUGCUUCAAAGUUCUCUCAUCUCUUGUGAAAAUGUUGAAACUCGGAUACACACUUUGAUGACGCCCAAAACUCCCAAAGUAGAUUUUGGAAGAAGCGUUCACGGGACAGUUCGCAGUGUUUAUGCAAGUGCUCCGGACCUUGGCCCAUCAGGCGGAAUGUAUAAAUGUGAAUAUGAUGUGACAAACCCUACAACCAAUGAUACAUUUGUAUGCCCAACUGAAAUUUCUUUCGGGACCGAGAACGCUACCACAGGCACAUCGUUGGAAAAGGUUACCGUUUCAGGACACGAAUAUUUUAUUACUUGUGGCAACCAAUACCAUUUUACUUGCCCAAAACUGCAAAUUCAAGAACGAAUGAUUGGAGAGUGUUACACUUAUAAAGUUUCCGGAGGGAGUAUUUCUACAAUUCCGUCACCAUGUCCGAUAGCUUGUCCUCAAGGUAUAUCAGCAAAUAUUGUGUUUGUUAUUGAUGGUUCCGGCAGUGUAGGUGCAGGUAAUUUUGGGGAAGGAUUAAAGUGGAUUGUUAACGUAUUAAAAAAGUUUAGCUACGACAUUAAUUUGGGAAAUAUUCACGUUGGAUUUGUCCCCUUUAAUGGAGGCGUCUAUGAAGCAAGCUCUUCACUGGCAGCAGGAACUUUCUACGAUUUCAGAGAUAAGGCAUUGGGCAUAGGUUACCAUAGGGGCGGAACAAACACUCCACAAGCUAUCACAACUGCCACCAAUCUACUGAUGUCAUCAACUGCCAGGACAAAAGUUGCAAAAUUGAUGAUAACAAUGACUGACGGAGGGAGUACUUCAGGUUCGCCAGACGCAUCAGCAGCAGCUGCCGAAACAAAUGGCAUUACGAUGAUAGCUGUCGGAAUUGGAAGCGGAAUAAAAUAUAGCGAAUUGCGUGAAAUAGCUAGACAUAGCUCUCGAAUUCUCAGUGUGACGGAUUACUCUAAAUUGGAUGGAAUCAUUGACACAUUAAGUAAAGUUAUAGAAGAAACUGCGAAAGGAAGUUUAGAAGGCGGUUCGAGCAACUCAACUACAGAAAUGACAAAUUGUCAAUUUGGAUCGUCGAUUCAUGCAUCGAAGAAUGGUCUCUACAUCGGAGCCAUUGGUUCUUAUGACAGAACAGGAACAGUAGCAGAGUAUAAUAGCCUUACGAAUUUCCCCAACCUGAGGUCAAGCGGUCAUUUAAACGCAACGGAAAUGGCCAAUAACUUGAACGGAGUCAAUGCAACUGAUUUGAAAGAAUCAUAUUUUGGUUAUUCGGUUUCCAGUGGAACUUUUACUGUGGAUGGCCGAGAAUGGGUAGUAAUGAGUGCUCCAAGAUACCUCUUGAAGGGAAUGGUCCUAAUUUACCGAGAAACGCCUACCAAAUCGUUCUAUCAACUUCAUCCAAAUGAUAAGUUCUGGCAACUUGGAGCUUAUUACGGUCAGAGUGUUUUGGCAAUGGAUAUUGACAAUGAUAAUGAAGAUGACCUUCUCGUCUCUUCUCCCCUGUAUUCAAAACUAGGCGGAUACGACGAAGGAGUGGUGUUUGUGUACAUGAGCAAAACUAAUUCUAUUUCUAAAUGGGCUAGUUCAGAUUUUUCUCCAUUAGUAUUGGAAGGAGACAGUAUCCAAGGAGCGAGAUUUGGGAUGAAUUUAGUUGACGGAGGCGACAUAGAUAAAAAUGGAAUCAAUGACGUCAUCAUAAGCUCUCCAUCCGAGGGAGAUGAAGGGUCAAACACACCUAGUGGAUCGAUUUAUAUUUACUUCUCGUCGUCAACCGGACUUUCAAAUUCCAGAAAGCAGAAAGUAUUUGGGCGAACCGUCACCUCGAACACUCAAUCUCUGCGUGCAUUUGGUUGGAGUACUUAUGGUGGUUCUGACUAUGACAAGAACGGUUAUCCGGAUGUCGUGGUGUCAGCUCCUUCAAGCAAUAGAUUGAUUGUGUUGUGGUCUCGUAAAAUCAUUACUAUUACACCAAGUAUUUCAAUCGGACAAACAUCAAUCGACGUUAAACAUUGCGCAGCGAAUCCAACGACGGCAUGUUCUAAUAUUACUGUUUGCUUGAAUGCUAAAUAUGAGGAUGGAACCGAAGUUUCAAAAACAUUUGAAAUAACGUACAACGUCACUCUCGAUUCCCUAACGGCGGCGAACAAACGACUUCGUUUCAAGGAUCAAUCGGCCAGCAUCAUUUCUGAAACAUUGCGAGUAGGAAGAACGGAGAUUUGCAAUUAUUAUGACGUGGCAUUAAAGAUAGAAUCCUUGGGAACGUUGAGUGGAGGAGGCGGUUUUCAAGUAACACCACGGGCUGAGCUCAGUGUGGGAUUAUCCGAUAGCCAUAAGAUAAAAGUGAUGUCCGGAGUGUUGAGCUCUAGCAGUCAAGUCCGAAUGACAUCUGAUUGGUCUUUUAAGAAAGGAUGUUCUGGAAUAAAUGAACGCUGUGAACAUGAUUUACAACUCAACGUUACCAGCGAUACAUCGUCGAAAUCGUUACUACUCCUCACUGACAAAAGUCAGAAAUUAAAACUUCAUGUUACGAUCGAAAACUUGGGACCCGAUCAUGCUUACUUUACCCGGAUCAACGUAACUUCAGGGAAUUUGACUUUAAAUUUGGUGAAUGGGUCCUGUGUGACAUCAGACGACGAAGCACGUGAUUCUUCAAAAGGAUUGGCGGUGAUUAAAUUCGAAUCCCACAGAGCUGGUCUCAAAGACUUGAUGGUGUCAGGAGAUAAGUGCGAGUUCACCUUAGAAUUUGACUUUACCAGGAUGAAAUCGACAGCUAAUGAAGGAAACUACAAUAUCCAGGGAGUGAUAUAUUCAACGGCCGGAGACGAUAAUAUUACACUUGAUGGAAAUUCAGCCAACAAUAGGUUCAGCAUUCAAGGAUCUGUGCAAUAUCAAUCCUCGAUAUCUAUUACUGAGCUUUCCAUUCCUGAGAGCAUUUACUUCAAUCGAACCUCAACCGACACAACCGUUGUUAAAACACUAGAAGAUGAAGCAUUGGCCGGGAACAAAACGAAAUUAGUUCAUCAAUAUACGUUAUACAAUCGUGGACCACUUGGAUUUGCAAAAGGUCGUGUCAAACUUACAUGGCCUGAGUACACUCAGAAUGGAUUGUAUCUACUUUAUUUAGUUGGCAUAAAAUGCAAGCCGGAAUCAGCGUGUACGUGCGAUGCAACAGGAAAAGCAAAUAAAUUCAAUCUUGCUCCUAAAAUGAACUCAAACGAAACUUAUGAAAAUGUAACCAUAACUUAUCCCGAUGAUAGCCAAGCGUUCGGGGCUAUAAAGACAGUUACGUGUGCAAACAGCAAGUGCAGCGAAGUUUAUUGUGAUCUGGACUACAUAUCUCGGUUUGGAAACAUCAUCGUGUUAGCCGAAUUCAAACCGUGGAUUCCAACAUUUGGGAAGGAAUUUUCCAACACUCAAAUAUUCAGCACAUUGGAUUUGAUUGUAUCAAAUAUCUCAUCAGAUCAGCAAUCCACGAACCAGAAGGUCACGACUGAACUCUCUACUUCUCCAUGGUAUAAAGAACCCACUAAGAAUCCUUUAGAAUGGUGGCAGAUUCUACUAGCAAUACUCGGUGGAAUUUUGUUGCUGGUUGUAGCAGUAUUAGCUAUGUGGAAGCUUGGCUUCUUUGAGAGCAAGUACAAAAAGAGAACCAGAGCAGGCAGACAGAGCAUUCGUGAACGCGAAGCAGCUGGGCCUUCAGAUUUUGAUGAAGGGCCGUCAUACGAAAAUGUCGGUGAAGGACCGUCAUACGAAAAUGUUGAUGCAGAUGCUGGAAUGGGGCAAAGUACUGCCGAUCUGGUGAACGUGGAUAUUUAAACUUGCUAUAUAUUAUCGUAAAUUUUAUUUCAAAAUGUUGUCUUCUAUUAUAUAAAAUUAUGUGUUGAUGGAACAAACAAUAUGAACUGAAUACCGUAGUGAAAGUUGACAUAUCAACGUGAAUAAUUUUUAUACUAUAUAUAGAUAUUUCAUGAUGUUUGGAAAAACAUUUUUCAAAGUUUUUUUUAAAUAGGUAAUCUUUACAUAUUUUGAUUUUUUCUCCAAAAGUUCUAGAAAAAUUUCUAUACUGCCAUAACUGUUUUACAUUUGUUCUCAAAGUUCAUAUUCUAGGAAUUAUUAUUAGUUCUGUUUUUCCCAACUUUUUUUGCUGCCGACCAUUUCCGAAACAUCUAUCGCGGUAGACUCGAGACAUGAGAAUUAAAUAAAAAUUAAUUUUUUUGAAAGUUGAUCAUUAAUUAGCACAACUAUAAAAAUACCAUUUAUCGAUCAAAUAUUUGCAACAUUUAAUGAAAAUCGUGCCCCCGAUCUUGUUUCUCCAUUCUGUUAAAAUUGGGAUCCAAGGUAGUCAAAGCGCAUCAUGUAAGGUUCACCGC